CGCAUUUGCUCUCCAGCGCUGCAGCCGUGCUAUCGAAUCUGACAACGCGCCGGCAACCCACUCUCACUCUCUGCUGGAUUUUGUUACUCUCCUGACGUCUCUUGUUUGGCGAACAUCGCGAAGCGAACCUGCUCUCAAAGGAAAAAAUGCCUCUUGAUUUGUACGUCAUGCCAGCGAGCCCUCCCAACAGGGCCGUCUUAUUGUGCAUCAAAGCCCUUGGGCUUGACGUGAACAUGAAGCCCAUAAAUCUGUUUGCAAAAGAACAGCUUAACCCGGAGUUUGUCAAGAUAAACCCUCAGCACACUGUGCCGACACUUGUGGACGACGGAUUUGCUAUUUGGGACAGUCAUGCGAUCUGUGGAUAUUUGGUCAGCAAAUUUGCCAAGGACGACAGCUUAUACCCGAAGGAUCCUCAAAAGAGGGCGGUCGUCGAUCAGCGUUUGCAUUUCGACUCGGGUGUCCUGUUUCCUCGUCUCCGCGAUAUAACCUUCCCCUUGCUCUUCUUGAAAUGCAAGGAAAUCCCUGAAGAGAAAAGGAAGAAAGUAUUCGAUGCCUAUGAGUUCCUCGAGAAGUUUCUCGCCGACAACGAAUACCUGACAGGAAAUUCGUUCACCAUUGCUGACAUAUGCUGCAUUUCGACUGUGUCAAGCCUUGUGGAGGCCUUGCGAGUUCCCGCUGAUGACUAUCCAAAGGUGAAGGCUUGGAUUCAGCGCUGCAGGGACAACCUGCCAGGGUACAAGGAGGCUAACCAACCUGGUUUGGACGUUUUCAAAGGAGCAGUGGACGCUGAAUUGAACUAAAUAACGCCAUUCCAAUUGUUUUUUUAAAUUUUGACUGAUGUGGUGCUAAUAAAUUUUGUACGUGGAUCAUUUGGAAUCAAAUUAAACAA